AUGAAUGCAGAAGACGCGAUCAUAGCUAAGAAGAGGAAGAGAUUUGAGAGAAUAGAAGCAAACCCCAAUCAACAUCCUGAGCAAGGCUCUCUUCCAAAGAAGAGACGGACGGAAGAAAGGAAAGACCGAGAUAAUAAGAAGUCUGGCUCUUCAGCACGGAAUCAACAAUACACCCCUUUGAACAUGCCACUAGAGCAGGUUCUUAUGCAGAUCAAGAAUGAUCCUUCCUUGAAGUGGCCGAAGAAAAUGAAAGGAGAUCCCAAUAAACGCAAUAGGAAUAAGUAUUGUCGCUUUCAUAGGGAUCAUGGGUAUGAUACAGACGAGUAUUUUGAUUUAAAGCAGCAGAUUGAGAAUUUCAUAAGGCAAGGGAAGUUGAGGAAUUUCCUUGGACGAGACCACAAGGACGAGAAAUUGAAAGGGAAGAUAGAAGAAUCAUCGCAACCACUGCUUGGAGAGAUAAGAGUCAUCAUAGGGGGAAGUUCGACAGGCCAGUCAUCCAAGUCCAAGAAAGCAUGCUUGAAGGUGGUGCAGAGCGUCCAACUUUCUAGACGAUCACCAAGGGCAAGGUCCACGGACGAGCAAGCGAUCACCUUCACGGACGAAGAUGUUGAGAGAAUUCAUCACCCUCACGAUGAUGCUAUCGUCAUCACCUUGCUUAUUGUUGACUACACAACCAAAAGAGUGCUAGUGGACAACGGAAGCUCGGCAGACAUUUUAUAUUAUCCAGUUUUUCAGUAG